AAGCAUUCAACAAGAAAAUUAACUUAGCAAAAAUCAACGCUCACAUAUUCAUGGCAUCAGCUUCAGACAAGCUCGUCCUCUCGGCCAUCGUGCUCGCCGUCCUCGCCGCCGUGGUGGCAGCGGCGUCGGGCUACGGCGACGUCGGCGAGUACUGCCGCGUGGGGAAGGCGGUGUCCCGGAACCCGGUCCCGUCGUGCCGGAACUACAUCGCGCGGUGGUGCGCCGCCGCCGGGGGCCGCAUGGACUCCCGCAAGCAGCCGCCGCGGGAGUUCCUGGAGCCGUGCUGCCGGGAGCUCGCCGCCGUGCCGAUGCAGUGCCGGUGCGACGCGCUGAGCGUGCUGGUGCGCGGCGUGGUCACGGAGGAGGGCGACCGCGUCUCCGGGAUGAUCUCCCAGCACGCGGCACCGGGGUGCGACGCCGCGACGAUCGCCGGGAUGGCGAGCGCGCUGACGGACUACGGCCGGUGCAACCUGCAGCACACGGCCGGUUCCUUUGCCUGCCUCAUGUUUGGUGGUGGCAUGGAUUAGAUUAAUUAUUUCAUUAGUGAUUAAUUAAUUAAUUAGGCCUUUGCUUAAUUAAUUAUCGAUGUUUGCUAGUACUAGCUAGCAGUAUCAUGUUUGGAUGCUGCUUCUCUAUGUUUGUGAUAAUGAUAAUAAAAAGAAAUAAAAUGAGGAACGGAUGUUCCUCUUUGUUGUUAUUCU